CAUAUCUGUUGAGCUGGAAACAUCUCACACCGGCAGAACAGACGCGUCGUCCGCUCUCUCACGCCAAAACCAGAUGUCUCGCUUUUCAUUCAUUUCCAAAUAACCAACACCUGGAAGCACUUUUUGUUUGACUUGUUUGGGCCGAGCUUUUGGGGGGGGUGCGGGGGCGGGGGUGUGUGUGUGUCAUGGAUCCGAUAGUGGAAGUCGUGGCUUUGGUGCUGGGGUUCAUCGGCUGGGUGAUGGUGGGGGUCACCCUGCCCAACCGCUACUGGAGGACGUCGACCGUCGACGGGAACGUCAUCACCACCUCCACCAUCUACGAGAACCUGUGGAUGUCUUGUGCGACGGACUCCACCGGGGUGCACAACUGCCGGGAGUUUCCCUCGCUGCUGGCUUUGAGUGGUUACGUCCAGGCGUCCCGGGCCUUGAUGAUCACUUCGAUCGUGCUGGGCACGUGUGGACUGUUGGCGGCACUGAUAGGAGUCAAGUGUUCAAAGGCAGGAGGGGAAAACUAUGUUCUCAAGGGGAGGAUCGCUGGCACUGCUGGAGUUCUUUUCAUACUUCAAGGUUUGUGCACGAUGAUUGCAAUUUCCUGGUACGCCUUCAACAUCACUCAGGAAUUCUUUGACCCCUUCCAUCCUGGGAUAAGGUAUGAAAUAGGUGAAGGACUUUACAUGGGCUGGUGCUCCGCUGUGCUCGCCAUCGCUGGAGGAGCCUGUCUCACCUGCUCCUGCAAAAUGGGAACACAGGAGAAAUACCCUCUCCAGAGCAGGGGGACCGUGUACUCUGGAGCAGCAGCCAGGAGCCAGGCCGCCAGCACGUACGGACGAAACGCUUACGUUUGAGCCAGGUGUGAAAAUGGAACUUUGUCACCGUGAGAGAGAGAGAAGACAGAGGAGUCAUCUCCUCUCUUGGACCAGGUUUUUGUUGAUGCAUUUAACGUGUCCUGGUGUUCAGCUUUUACACUUUGCACUACUGGAUUUUUUAUAGUCAUAUCAAAGUGUGAACUCUGUGAAGAUGAUGUAAUAUAAUCGGGAAAAGUUGCUUCUCAGCAUUUUAUGACAACAGAAAACUAUAUUCUUGUAAUAAUUAUAUUUAUGUUUAGCACAGAUACAUUUAAAUACAGUCAUUUGUUUUUUAAUGGAAUCCAAUAAUUUGAUGAUCAGCGAAAAUACUUUUAGACAUUUGUGAAGCGGACGGUCAAAGCUGUGAUAAUCCAGAUGUUUGUGUGUUGCUUUGUACAGUUUUAUAGAUAGAACCUGUGAAAGAGUUAUCUUUAUUUUGUUUUUGUUUUUUACAAUAGCGUACAAUAAACUGACAUGCUAAACA